CGCUCUCCACCCGGCCUCCGCCAUCUUGCCUCUCUCCCUGCCUGCCAGAAGCCGAGUGCGGAAGUGGAAACGGCACUGUGCGGGCUCAGGGUUCCGCCUGUGGACGGCUUACUAUAUCCUCCAGCCGACACAGCCUGCUAUCCAUCACAUUUUAACCGCUUCUAACCAACAGAGACCCGGGGAGAGAUGGCUGGACGGUUACCGGCGUGUGUUGUCGACUGCGGCACAGGUUACACCAAACUGGGCUAUGCAGGGAACACAGAGCCGCAGUUCAUCGUUCCAUCAUGUAUCGCCAUCAAAGAGUCGGCCAAGGUGGGAGACCAGGCCCAGCGGAGGAUGAUGAAGGGGGUGGAUGACUUGGAUUUCUACAUCGGAGAUGAAGCAGUAGACAAGCCCUCAUAUUCCACUAAGUGGCCCAUCCGUCACGGGAUUGUGGAGGACUGGGACCUAAUGGAGCGCUUCAUGGAGCAGAUCAUCUUCAAGUACCUGAGGGCUGAGCCCGAGGACCACUACUUCCUCCUGACAGAGCCUCCUCUGAACACACCAGAGAACCGAGAGUACACAGCCGAGAUCAUGUUCGAGUCCUUCAAUGUGCCGGGGCUGUACAUCGCUGUGCAGGCUGUGCUUGCUCUAGCAGCCUCCUGGACGUCCAGACAGGUGGGAGAGAGGACGCUGACGGGCACCGUCAUCGACAGCGGAGACGGCGUCACCCACGUCAUCCCUGUGGCUGAAGGCUAUGUAAUCGGCAGCUGUAUAAAGCACAUCCCCAUCGCAGGGCGAGACAUCACCUACUUCACCCAGCAGCUGCUGAGGGAGAGGGAGGUGGGCAUCCCACCGGAGCAGUCGCUGGAGACGGCCAAGGCAGUCAAGGAGCGUUACAGCUACGUGUGCCCAGAUCUAGUCAAAGAAUUCAGCAAGUACGACACGGAUGGCUCCAAGUGGAUCAAGCAGUACACCGGUAUCAACUCUGUCAGCAAGAAGGAGUUCACCAUCGAUGUGGGCUACGAGCGCUUCCUGGGGCCCGAGAUCUUCUUCCACCCAGAGUUCGCCAACCCGGACUUCACCCAGCCCAUCUCUGAGGUGGUGGACGAGGUCAUUCAGAACUGUCCUAUCGACGUCAGACGUCCUCUCUACAAGAACGUUGUCCUGUCGGGAGGCUCCACCAUGUUCAGGGACUUUGGCCGCCGUCUGCAGAGAGACUUAAAGAGAUCGGUUGACGCCCGACUGAAGAUGAGCGAGGAGCUGAGUGGAGGCAAGCUCAAGCCCAAACCAAUCGAUGUCCAAGUCAUCACUCACCACAUGCAGAGAUAUGCCGUGUGGUUUGGUGGAUCCAUGUUAGCAUCCACUCCGGAGUUCUACCAGGUCUGCCACACCAAAAAGGACUACGAAGAGAUCGGGCCGAGCAUCUGUCGCCACAACCCUGUGUUUGGAGUCAUGUCUUAACUUUGGCCCUCCAAACGUCUCACAGUGGGGGGGUGGGGGGGGGGGUUAGGCUGUGUAAAGGACAGGAGGCAGGGGACGGUGGGGCUUUUGUGCUUUUUCAUUACUUGUUCAGCUAUGGAUGUGUGGGACGGGAAGGCGAUCCAGAAUAUAAAAAGGAGAAAGAAAAGAGACCAGACGCAGACGGGCUGGAAAUUUAUUGUGAAUGUUCCUUUUUUUUUUAAACAUUUUUUUUAUUUGUCAAAAUGAGGGAAAAUGGUUUGUAAGCCAAAAGAGUUUGAAGAACAUUUCUGUGUCUGUUGAGCAACAUGCAGUGAGCGAUGAUGAUGAUGGUGUUCUUGGAGGCCUAGCAUGAUGAGAACAACAUGAAUAGUUCAAUCCUGACACCAGAACGUAUUAUUUAUGUUUAUAAAACACGAGUCCAGACGACAUCCCAUGACUCUUGAGAUCAUCGACGAGUUUAGAACAUAUUAUUGUCUCCUUUAUUUUACGCAUUUAUUUUCUCCAGCUUCAAAUGCACACGUCUGUAUCACGGUGAGAGCUUGUUUAUAUUUCAUACAAAAAAAGUUUUUUAUAUGUAAAACUUGGGAAAUCAGGGGUAGAAAAAUAAAGAAUAGAUAACGGUAUCAGCAAGAGACUGAACCCACGAUGCAGCUUUAUACGCAGUAUUUCCUUUAGUCUGAUAGUUCUCCCACGUGUCAUCGCUGGCUCCCCUUUAAUUCUUCAUACAGAACUUUUAAUUCACCACUAUGUCAGGAUUCCACCUCUGUGAUGCUGGGAAAGAAAAGAGGACUUACCGAGGUUAUAAAGAUGGAACUGAAUGAGGACGACUGUCAGACCAGUAUUGUUCGAACAGAAGUUCUUUUUUUUUUUUUUUUUUUUAAUAAUUAAAUACCAAAUUAUUAAAAUAAUGGGAUUUGUGUAUUUAAUGCCUUGCAACAUUCCAAUAAAGGCUCCAAUUUGUUUCUAA